GAUCUCGUUGUCCCGCCCGCCCACCCACGUCCAUCGGAACCAAACAGUCCAAUACGGCGGAGCGAUAGAGAGAGAGAGAGGGUUAAAGGCUGUUCGGAGAGCUGUAGGGAGAGAAACUGAGCUGCCGAGUCAUUCCGUUGGCGCUCGAAUUCCAGAUCUCCUUCGUUGCCGCCGCGGUGUAGAUUUUUUUUCGUUCUCGCCUGAGAUUCGGAAUCGCCGCCCCGCAGAUCGUCUCGCUUUCCUCGAAUUCCGAUCGCGCAGAGCUGUAGAUAGAGUAUGUGAAGAAGAGAAUGGACGAGAAAGGCGGAGAAGGAUCUUUUGUGGCAGUUAGGAGAAUUUCGCCGGGCCUCGAGAGAAGCAACACUUUAGCUAUUUUUUGCGGUGCUCUGCACUGUAUCUCUAUCAGAUGCUAGAUGUAUGGUGUCUCUAUUUGAUGUGAGCUUUGGAUCUUUGAAUUGGAAAUUAGCUUGUGCUUCAUGCCUAAUUGCAUUGAGAUUUGUGCGGAGGUUUUGGCAGGAUCUGCAGCAUGGCUUGGCAGAGGGCUUUCAUGUGUUUGCGUUCAAGCAAGAGAGGGUGAUACUCGGCCCUCAUUUAAUUUUACACCUGCUGAGGAAGAGUGCUUGCAUAAGCUGCAGAGCCGUAUGGAUGUUUCUUACGACAGUACAAAUUCAGAACAUCAGGCAGCUUUAAGGGCGUUGUGGGAUUCUGCCUUUCCUGGAGAGGAGCUACAUGACCUUAUAUCUGAGCAAUGGAAGGAAAUGGGCUGGCAAGGAAAAGAUCCUUCAACUGACUUCAGGGGAGGUGGGUUUAUAUCACUGGAAAAUUUAUUAUACUUCUCGAAGAACUAUCCAAAGUCCUUUCAAGAUCUCCUUCUAAAGCGGGAAGGCAACCGGUCUAUGUGGGAAUACCCAUUCGCUGUUGCUGGUGUCAACAUCACAUUUAUGCUCAUCCAGAUGCUAGAUUUAGAGGCAGUAAAACCACAAAGGCUGGUAGGGGCAACCUUCUUGAAAUUUCUUGCAGAUAAUGAAUCCGCAUUUGAUCUUCUGUAUUGUAUUGCUUUCAAGUUGAUGGACCACCAGUGGCUUUCCAUGCGAGCAUCAUAUAUGGAUUUCAACACUGUGAUGAAGGCUACACGGCGACAACUAGAGAAGGAACUUGUGUUGGAAGAUGUAAAACGGCUAGAAGACUUGCCCUCUUACAGCCUUCUAAUCCAUUAUUAAACUGUACACUCCUGUAGUCCAAUAUGAAAUUUACUAAAAGCAAAAAUGAUCUGUAUAUAUAGUGCUUCCUAACUGGAAGUUUCUGAUUCAUAUUUUUUUUAAAUUGCUAUUUUCGAGACUGAAAAAUACGCUCUAACAAAUUCUUAUCCUGCUUAUUAACUGUGUUUGAAACUGAGAAUGGCAAACCAAAACAACAAAAGACAGUAUGCAUCGGCUCUUAAGGUGAAGAUAACACUCCUUUUUGCCAAAGUAGAAAAACAAAAAACACAAAGCAUCCUUUAAUAAAGUUUUACACUCAAAUUCCCAAAUAACAAGACAUCACACAAGAGUUUUGAUAAAUAUCAUAAUCAAAUUAAUUCUCAUAGAUCCAAGGGUGGAGCUCGCUCUUCCAUUCCGCAACACCUUCUGGGAACCAAAGUGCAAUUUCCUUCCUUGCGCUCUCAACAGAAUCACUUCCAUGGAUAACGUUCCUACACGUGAUAAAGCGCAUAAAUGAAUGUGAAACUCCACU